AUGGCUUACGCUGCUGUAACUUCACUUAUGGAAACACUUUCUCUACAUUUCUUGCAAUCACAACCAGGCUCCCCUCUUGAACAUUUAGACGAACAACUCAGAUAUGGCAAUGAAAAAAUUGUCAGGCUGCAACAAAUUCUUGAGGAUAUGGCAGCGAUGGAACUGCACGAAGCGUAUUCAAAUCUUAGCUGUAUAAAGGCUUGCCUCUUCAGAGAGGCGGCUGAAAUCAAACAUAAGAUGGUCUCUUUCCAUGAAACUCUUGGUUUCCUCCGAGAAACUCUUGAAAAAUCUCAGAUCUGCUAUGAUAAUAAUGCGGGAGCGAUGAAAGAUUUGGAGGCAGAGAUGAGAGAUGUAUUGUUCGGAGCGGAAGAAUGGAUUGAGAUGGAGUUGACUUCCAUUUAUCUAGAGAAGGAUCGUCUUUAUAUAACAGUUUGGCUGCUCAGGCUUCAUGAAAUCUUCAUUGAAGUAGAAAAAAUGACUGAUUACCUCAAGAAUCAGUUGUUGAUUAGGCUUGCAAAGGCUUCAUCACAAAAUAAAAGAAUCACUGAUGAUGUUUCACUUCUUGGUUGGAUGCGAAGCAGAGGACUACUGCUUGUGAAAGGAUUAGCACACAAGAACAUUACUGUGAGUAAAUCUUCCAAAAAAGCUUCAAAGCUUGACAGUGGAAUGGUGGGAUGCCAUGAGGUGUUCAUGAAAAUAUUGGAUCAGCUCACGCAACAAUCAACUAGGAGGAGACAAGUUGUUUCCAUCGUCGGCAUGGGAGGAAUAGGCAAGACGACUUUAGCACGCAAAGUUUAUGAAGACUCCUCAAUUACUUCUUAUUUUGACAUGCAAGCAUGGACUACUGUAUCCCAAGAGUAUAGCUUGGAACAAAUGCUCCGAUGUCUUAUUGGUGGUGUUAUUGCAGAAUCAAGAGAUGAACUUCAUGAACAGAACACUGACCAAUUAGCUGAGCGUCUGCGUAAGCACUUGAAGGAUCAGAGAUAUUUGAUAGUGAUAGAUGAUAUAUGGAGCACUGCUGCUUGGGAUAGUGUUCAAAGAUGCUUUCCAGAUGAUAAUAAUGGUAGCCGUAUACUAUUGACUUCUCGACUGAGAGAGGUCGCUGAAUAUGUAAGCUCGGGUAAGUCUCCCCUUAACAUGCCUUUCUUAAAUGCCGAUGAAAGUUGGAAUCUCUAUUGCAAAGUGUUUGGUAAAACUGAAUUCCUUUUAGUGUUUGAGCAAAUUGGUAAAGACAUAGUGAAGAAAUGUAAAGGAUUACCUCUAGCUAUUACUAUAGUAGCUAGUCUUCUCUCCAAGACAGAGGAGGUGGAGGAAAAGUGGAAGAAUGUUGCAAAAAGUGUAAUGAGUGAUUCUAAUGAUGCAUACUCCAGAAUACUAUAUCUCAGUUACAACCAAUUGCCCCAUCCCUUAAAAGCUUGUUUUUUAUAUUUUGGAAUUUUUGAGGAAGACUAUGAGAUCCCUGUGAAGAAGUUGGUUAGGCUAUGGGUAGCAGAGGGAUUUUUGAGCAUUGUGAAGCAUGUGAAUACGGAGAAAGUGGCCAUGGAAUGCUUGCAAGAUCUUGUUGACAGAAGUCUUGUUAUAGUUAGCAAAUAG